UGUACCAUCACUUACUGCACAGAACCCUAAUUCCCCAAAUCUCCCCAUCAUCGUCACCGCACAAAUCAAUUUUGCCGAGAGCUGGAAUUAGUAAGCUGAACUGUAUCCAGAUGGACGGCGGUGGAGUGGACUCCGACGGACGCGCAUUCACUAGCGCGGAGGAGAUGUGGCGGGAAGCGGUGGGGGACGGCGACCCCCUCAAGAAAUCGCAGUGGUAUUCGGAAGGCGUCGGCUACUGGCAGGGUGUGGAGGCGACGGUGGAUGGAGUGCUGGGAGGGUACGGACAUGUGAAUAAACCUGAUAUAGAAUGUAGUGAGGCAUUUUUGAACUCGAUUUUGGCGGAACGAUUUCCUGAUGCUGCCAAAGGAAGACGUCUUGUUACUCUUGAUUGUGGCUCUGGGAUUGGCAGGGUCACCAAGAAUCUUCUUAUUAGAUAUUUUAAUGAGGUUGACCUUCUAGAGCCUGUUUCUCAUUUUCUAGAUACUGCUCGGGAAAAUUUGGCUCCAGAAAACUUGAUGGUCACAGAUGAUCAUAAGGCUGUGAACUUCUUCUGUGUUCCUCUUCAGGAAUUUACUCCUGAGGCAGAAAGGUACGACAUUAUAUGGAUCCAAUGGUGUAUUGGGCAUCUUUCAGAUGAUGACCUUGUGUCAUUCUUUGACAGAGCUAAGGGUGGUCUUAAACAGGGCGGCCUAUUUAUUUUGAAGGAGAACAUUGCAAGGAGUGGCUUUGUGUUAGAUAACCAAGACAAGAGCAUUACAAGAUCCGACUCGUACUUCAAGCAGCUCUUUAAAAAAUGUGGUCUAAACAUUCUCAGAAUGAAGGAUCAAAAGGGAUUCCCCGGUGAAUUAUUUGCUGUAAAGAUGUAUGCAUUAACGACUGAUCUGCCGAAGCAAACUAAUGAUUCGAAAUCAAAGAAACAUGUCAACAGACCUGGCAUCAUUAGAUAAGAGUGAAGGAAUGAGGAAGAUGAUAAUCCAUUGCUCAACAAGAUAUUUUCUAUGUAAAACCCCAUUAAUUUUGUGUGCGCUUUUCACUCACGCUAUUAUUCUGUUUUGAAGAAGCUCGAAGGAGAAUGGGAAAUCUUUGUUCAUAA